AUGGCUCGAAUUCAUUCCUUGCUCCUGCUUCUGGCGACUGCUGCACCGUCUAUCGGUGUAUACGCACAGCUACCAGCAGCACCUUCCUCGACCAACCACUCGACAUCGCCCUUUACCCUCGAAACUGACGAUUUUGUCGCAUCUCUCUUGGCCAAGUUUCAGGUUCCUGGUUGCUCCGUCGCCGUCAUCAACGGCGAAGAGACCUUUACCAAGGGCUAUGGCUUCGCUACGCUUCCAGACGUCAAGGCUACCCCCGAGACUUUGUGGUUUGGCGCAUCGACCACAAAGGCCUUUGUGGGCGCGACCCUGGCGCACUUUGUCCAGAACAAGACGUACCCGGACGUGCUCACCGACGGCUGGUACACGCCCAUCUCGUCCAUUAUCCCAGACGACUUUAAACUCUCCGACGAAUGGGCCACUAAGCACAUCAACCUCGACGACGCCAUCAGCCACCGUACCGGCCUACCGCGCCACGACUACACCUGGCAAUACACCACACCCAACGGCACCCGCACGUCCGCCCGCGACAUUGUGCGCAACCUGCGUAACCUCGCCUUUACGGCCGAGCCCAGAAUCGCCUACCAGUACAGCAACCUCAUUUACAUGACUCUGUCGCACGUCAUUGAGACCCUUGCUAAGAAACCGCUCAAGACGACGUUCAAGGAGCUCAUCUGGGGCCCUCUCAACAUGACGUCGACCUUCCUCGACCUGGCCGAGGCCAAGGCCUCGCCAAACCAGCUCGCCACGGGCUACUACUGGGACAAUGCCACGCAAAAGCACAGUGCCAUUACACGCGACUACUUGCAAGAGGCUGGCGCCGCCGGCAUCAUCACAAGCGUCGUCGACCACGCCAAGUGGGUGCGCAGCCUGCUCUACUCGACGGGGCCACUCUCGGAGAACGCGCACACCGACAUUAAGCGGCCGCGUGUGAUUGCAGAGUAUGACCCGGCUGCUAACAUGACGUACGGCUUGUACGGGCUCGGCUGGGAGACCACCACCUUUCACAACGAGACUCUGAUCCGCCACAUCGGCGAGAGCCUGUCGUUUGGCUCUCUGGUCUGGUGGAUGCCAGACCGUAAGUUUGGCGUCGUCGUCAUGAGCAACGUCUACAAACAGGGCAACUUCCUAAACGAUGUCCUGGCGCGCCACCUGGUUGAGGAUGCCCUGAGCAUUCCCAAGGCCAAACGCUUCGACAUGGCUAAAGUACGCAGAAAUGCGCUGGACGAGUUGGAUCGCGCGCCAGCCAGCGCUGUGGACAAAGCCUUCCCCAACAAGCCGGACCGAAGCAUCCCCCCCUCGGCGAGCAUCAACGAUCUCGUGGGCGAAUACCACAACGAAGGUUACGGCAGUCUUGUCUUCAAGCCCACUAACAUCACCAUCACCCCACCACCCACCAACGGGACGAGCAGCGGCCUCGCCUUGCUGGCCGAGCGCCCCGAAAUGGUCUAUCAGUACAAUGUCCAUUUAGAGCACGUCUCGGGCGAUGACUGGCUCGCUAUCUACAAAUCGGCCCUCGGUUCGCGUCUUCCCUUGGAGCCUUUUCCAUCAAAGUUUAGGCUCAACGGCACGGCGCCCGAGCUGGACAUUCUCAUGGGAUACAAAGGGAACGGUGUCAAGCAGUAUACUGUCACUUUCAAAAAGGUCGCCAAGAAAUAA